AUGGGCGACAAAAAGAGCCCUACCAGGCCAAAAAGACAAGCCAAACAAGCUGACGACGGCUACUGGGACUGUAGCGUCUGCACCUUUAGGAACACAGCCGAAGCUUUUAAAUGCAGCAUCUGCGAUGUGAGGAAGGGCACAUCAACAAGGAAACCCAGGAUCAACUCCCAGCUGGUGGCCCAGCAGGUGGCCCAGCAAUACCCGAUGCCGCCCCCUGCCAAAAAAGAGCGACGGGAGCGAAGUGAGCGCACAGACAGAGAGCGGGCAGACGACAAAGCAGACAGAGAGAAAGACAUCGUCCCGGCCGUUGCAAAAAAGCCAAGUAUUAAAAGGAGACCCAAAUCAGACAACCAUCAGAGUCCGCCCAGCGACAAACAGAGUAUACAGUCCGGCAAAUCAGCAACUAAGACCAACAAGAACAAUCACAUUUCCAGGCCAAAGCUGAAGAACAUCGACCGGAGCACGGCACAGCAGCUGGCCAUCACCGUGGGCAACGUAACGGUUAUCAUAACAGACUUUAAGGAGAAGAGCCGGUCCUCGUCCACCUCCUCAUCCACGAUCACAUCGAGCGCAGGCUCCGAACAGCAGCACCAGAGCUCCGGCUCCGAGAGUAUGGACAAAGGCUCGUCACGCGCCUCCACGCCUAAAGGGGAUCUAUCCGCAGGGCACGACGAGUCCUUCUGA